AUGGAGGAGGAGGCUCACCAGAUCAUCCACACUGGGGACAAACCCUAUGAGUGUCCCAAGUGUCAGAAGAGGUUUCAGACCAGCUCCAAUCUCCUCAAGCACCAGCAGAUUCACACAGAGGAGAGGCCCUUCCGCUGCCCUGACUGCAGGAAGGGCUUCAAGCAAAACUCCCACCUCAUCAGGCACCAGCGCAUCCACACUGGGGAGAGGCCCUACGAGUGUGGGGAAUGUGGGAUGAGCUUCAGACAGAGCUCCAGCCUGAUCCGCCACCAGAGGAUCCACACCAGGGAACGGCCCUAUGAGUGUGAGCAGUGUGGGAAGAGCUUCAACCAGCGCUCCAACCUUAUCUGCCACCAGAACAUCCAUGCUGAGGAAAGGCCAUACAAGUGUGGGGAAUGUGGGAAGGGCUUCAACCGGAGGUCCCAGCUGAUCAUCCACCAAAUGAUCCACACAGGGGAGAGGCCCUAUGAGUGUCCUGAGUGUGGGAAGAGGUUUCAGACCAGCUCCACUCUCCUACGCCACCAGCGGAUUCACACAGAGGAGAGGCCCUUCCGCUGCCCCGACUGCAGGAAGGGCUUCAAGUACAACUCCCACCUCAUCACCCACCGGCGCAUCCACACUGGGGAGAGGCCCUACGAGUGUCCCCAGUGUGGGAAGAGCUUCUCAGACAGCUCUCACUUGACGAAGCACCAGAUCAUCCACACUGGGGACAAACCCUAUGAGUGUCCCAAGUGUCAGAAGAGGUUUCAGACCAGCUCCGAUCUCCUCAAGCACCAGCAGAUUCACACAGAGGAGAGGCCCUUCCGCUGCCCUGACUGCAGGAAGGGCUUCAAGCAAAACUCCCACCUCAUCAGGCACCAGUGCAUCCACACUGGGGAGAGGCCCUACGAGUGUGGGGAAUGUGGGAUGAGCUUCAGACAGAGCUCCAGCCUGAUCCGCCACCAGAGGAUCCACACCAGGGAACGGCCCUAUGAGUGUGAGCAGUGUGGGAAGAGCUUCAACCAGCGCUCCAACCUUAUCUGCCACCGGAACAUCCAUGCUGAGGAAAGGCCAUACAAGUGUGGGGAAUGUGGGAAGGGCUUCAACCGGAGGUCCCAGCUGAUCAUCCACCAAAUGAUCCACACAGGGGAGAGGCCCUAUGAGUGUCCCGAGUGUGGGAAGAGGUUUCAGACCAGCUCCACUCUCCUACGCCACCAGCGGAUUCACAGAGAGGAGAGGCCCUUCCGCUGCCCCGAGUGCAGGAAGGGCUUCAAGUACAACUCCCACCUCAUCACCCACCGGCGCAUCCACACUGGGGAGAGGCCCUACGAGUGUCCUGAGUGUGGGAAGAGCUUCUCAGACAGCUCUCACUUGACGAAACACCAACGGAGGCACCGGUAA